UGAAGUCUAUUUCGUUGAUCCAAAAUUUCCUGGUUAUAUCUGUGUUGCUAAAAUUUUAUUCGUAAGUAAGCCGAGUGUCUCCCAGUUUCGAAACAAAGUUUUAAGUCAACAGUAAUUUUUAAGUAACUCAAUUUCUUUCGUGCCGUACUAUUUCAGUCAACGGGUUUUCCGGUCUGUCUGCUGGAGCAAAAUAUUUUGUUCUGCAAUGGCUCUUUUGAAUCAAAGCGGAGAAGAACAGGUUGAGUGUCCAUUAUGCAUGGAACCACUGGAAGUGGACGACUUGAAUUUCUUCCCAUGCACAUGUGGUUACCAGAUUUGUCGGUUCUGCUGGCAUCGCAUUCGAACAGAUGAAAAUGGGCUGUGUCCAGCAUGUCGGAAAGCGUAUCCAGAGGAUCCUGCAGAUUUUAAACCACUGUCAAAAGAAGAAGUGUCAAAAUUGAAAGCAGAAAAAAGGCAGAAGGAUCAGUUAAGGAAGCAGAAAGUAACAGAGAAUAGGAAGUAUUUAGCUAAUGUAAGGGUUGUCCAGAGGAACUUGGUGUUCGUUGUGGGACUUCCUCUUAGAUUAGCAGAUCAAGAGGUUCUAAAAAAACAUGAGUAUUUUGGGAAAUUUGGCAAGAUUCAUAAAGUGGUCAUAAAUCAGAGUACAACCUAUGCAGGGUCGCAGGGGCCCAGUGCAAGUGCGUACGUAACGUAUCAGAAAGCGGAUGAUGCGUUGAGGGCUAUUCAGGCUGUCAACAACAUUUCCGUUGAUGGACGGGUGAUAAAAACAUCACUUGGUACAACCAAGUAUUGCUCACACUUUAUGAAAAAUCAAACCUGUCCAAAGCCUGAUUGCAUGUAUUUACAUGAAAUGGGCGACUCCGAAGCCAGUUUCACCAAGGAAGAAAUGCAACAGGGAAAACAUCAAGAAUACGAGAAAAAACUCCACGACGCAUUAAUCGCAGCCACAGCAAACAGUAGGAAACCAAACCCUUCCCCUCCGACAGUAAUGACAACAAGCAGCAAUCCAACCCCUGUACCAGUAACCAACAAUAGCAAAGAUUCAUGGCCUUCUCUUCAAGCUUCACCACCAGACCCAACACCGUUCAUUCCAACACCCCCUACAAAUUCAAUAUCCACAACAAACAACAACAACAAAGGCGAAACACGGUCCUAUAAACAAAACUCGUAUUCAGAUAAAAACCGGAAGAAAAAACAAAGCUCAGAGGAAAAGAAACUUUGCAAAGAAACACUUCACCUCCAGACCCAGGCGAUAGAUUUAGAAAGAAUUCCGAGCACAGAUUUUGACUACGAUAAUUCUCUCCCGAACUCAUGUGACAGUCCACAAACAACCUUUACAGAAAUUGAAAAACCCAGUUCUCCUAUCCAACAAUUAGUCAAUGGAGAUCUCGACACACAAACAAUAGAACCACUUGAACAAUAUGAACAAAACAGGCAUCGGCCCCCAUCACUGUUUGAGCCAGAUAAUAACUCCUUCUUCUCCUCGCACACAUUCUCUGAAAAACCUAACAAUAGUUGUGGAUCUUUAACAGAGGACUGGCAUGUAAAUGGCUUAACCUACAUGCCAGAUGUUCUACCUCCAGUUCACUCUACUGAAGACUGGCAAGCAGCAUUUUGUAACCACAUUCAAAAGAAGGAAGAACCUGAUGAACAGCACAUUAGAAAUGAUGAUGAUCUAGGAUUUGAUCCGUUUAAUGAAACACAAAAAGGUUUUGCAGAAAUGAUUGAAAAAGAAAAUCAAAUAAAAUCCAGGCACACUUAUAUGCAACACAAUAAUGGGCUAUCAAAUUGUUCAAAACUGUUAGAUGGGCUUCGAAUAAAUGGAACUGUUCCUCCCCCACCUGGUUUCACAUCAACAACUAAUCACAUGAAUGCCUUUUCAUUAGGCGUACCCCGGACUGUAAACAAAACACUUCCCUGUGUUCAGCCUACCAUCACAUUUCCACAACAUCCUCCUCCUCCAGUAUGGGAUUGGACUGCCCUAGAUCCAGCCAUUGUUACAUCAGCACAACACUGGGACCUAUAUUCAGCUCCUCCUCCACCUGGUUUCCUACUGCGGCAGACGUUGGAUAGUAAGUGUGUUAAUAACUCUUGGUGGUGACUUGGAUUUUGUGAACUUUCUUGUUGCAACCUUGUUGAAUAUUAAUGGAGACAGCAUUGUUUUUAUACCCUCAUCUCGUAUCACCUCCUAUCGUAAUGGCUCACUCCCCCCCUCCCCGCGCUCCUUGUUUUUUGUUGACAGAUUUUACAUCCAUCAAGAAGCUUAUCCAUAGAGACCUCAUCUUGCUGAAUGUGAUCCAUUUCUAAUAAAAAGUUGUUCUGAAAUCCUGAUUUUAGUAUGUUUUAGUUAAGUAUUUUAAGGCUGUGUCCACUCAGUGCUGGAACGGAGUUAUGGAGAAAGAUUUAAAAUAAAUCUUUGGACUUGUUGAACUGUUUGUUUGAUUUAGAAAAAUUUACAACUUUUUCCCCCAACUAACUAAAAACUUAUUACCUAGAGCUUUCAGUUUUUGGUGCUUGAAUAAUAGCAUAAAUUAUCUCACCAUCUUCUUUGCUGAGAUUAUUAAUGACAAAAUACAUCUGCAUUAUUUGGUUUGUGAAAGUAGAAGAGAAAAAGACCCUCGUAAAUUAACAGCUUUGUUUGGUUACAGAUAAUAGGUUUCCACCAGAGUCGAUGAAUGGCCUCAAUUGUUUUUCUCACUUUGCUGAGCUCUAAUGAUCAGUUCCUCUUUUAAAGUUCAGUAUUCCCUUAAAAAUUAAUUAAUGUUAACAUUUCCCUCCUAGAUCAUUCCUCGGUAGUUUUUUAAGGCUUAAUCUUAUAUUUUUUUUUUUUCAUUUGUUUGAAACAAGUUGAAGGGUUUUACUGUAACUCAGAGAAAAAGAAAGAAACCAGUGAACUGAAAAGUGGAGGAUUAAUAAUAAGAAGACAUCUUUAGUUAAAAAUACCUUUUAUUUAUUUCAUUCUUUGGAAAAUUAGUGCUUUCUUGCUGGGAUAAGUUGUUCUAAGUAAGACCUGUACAGCCCUUUGAUUUUAUUGGAAAUUUUGAUGGACAUUAUCGAUUUGUCUCCUAAUUUGCCUAAAAAUUUUUAAAAUUUUUCAUUAACUUUUUUUUACACUUAGUGCAUAAAGGGACUCCAAGUCAAGAUCCCCAAUAAGUCAAAUCUCUGAGGGAGUCUAUUCUGUAUCAACUUUUGAGUCAUUCGCAGUUUUUCAACAAUGGAUUUUCUCUCUUGAAUGUACUGUAGAAUUGGUUCCCAUGGGUUUAUUAUGUGAUGAAAAACUGUUUAACCAUUGAAAACAUUCUAUCACGGGGCCUCAGAGAAAGCAGAAAAUGAAGGGGAUAAUAAUCCCUUGUCGACUCUUUUUUCAGCCUCUUGUCCCUCAAAUGAUUCUCAAUAAAACUCACUCAUUCUUUCUAUUUCAAGUGAAGAAAACAGCAACAAUGGUUCCAAAUUUUUAUUAAUCUUUUUCCUCUUCUUAAAUCUAUCAAGGGUGUGUAUUGAUUCAGUUAGUGAUUUUGAGGCAAUCGAGUGUCUUUUUUCCCUAAUAAUGAGCUAAAACCUCAAUCCUUUUCAACUCCGUCUCCACCUUUGAUCAAAUCAUUUCAUGGUUUUGUGUUGUUGGCACUGGGCUUCAGAAGAAUCCUCAGAAAUUAGUUCGAGACAAAUAAAAAAAUCACGGGUUUUUCAUGAGGUCCGGCCCUGUGUGUUUGUUAUUGUUGUUGUGCAAGUUUCUCUAUGCUAUUUCUUUUAUUUGUCUCCUCACCUCUUUGUCCUUUUCAUUUCCACUUUUUCCUCAUUCCUUCAGUGCCCCGUUUUGUCACUUAGACCUCCCCCUAAUUCAACCUCCAAAAAAUUGCCGUCUUAAUUAUUCUAUUAUAAUUCAGCUUUCCUGUUUUCUCAUUUUGAGAUUUUUGUUUGGAAUGAAAGAAGAUGAGACAUGUUGCUCAGAAACAGUUCACUAUAAUUUCACUUCUCUAUCAAUACCAUGAAAUUCUAAUAGUCUACACCUUUUCUUAUUAGAAAUCUCAACUUACAAAAUUAUUAAGCAUUAAAUUUUUUAUCAUAAAUGUUACAUAAAAAUUCUACCCCUGAAUCCAAUGAAUAACUUGUUGAGAAUUACUUGCAUUUUGGAAGUCUAACUGGGAUUGCAUCUUAAUGUUGACCCUUAAUCUUCAGAUUCAUGUACACAAACAUCUUACUAAAAAUUGAUUUCAAUUGAAGCUGUGUGAUUUUAUGAAUGAUAUCCAGAGUUAAAAAUUUAAAGUGAAGCCUCUGCAAGUAGUUUAUGGUAUGUAAUGCUGAGACUUUAAAAUCAUCCGGAAUGAAUAUUUCUUGCCCUCCUGUUGGGAGCUAGAGUGCUGUAACUUGGCUGUUGUGUCUAAUAUCUCUGGAUGAAGAAAAAUUCCUGUCAAAAGCAGUCACAUGCUCCUGUUACUUUGUAACUGUGAUUUUUCAGUAUAUCUCUAAGAACUUAUUCAGGAUUUUUUGAGAUUAUCUCUCGAGAACACUCUCCAAUUUUCUCAUUACAAAUAUCUUGUGCUACAAGGAACAGAAACACCAUAACUGAGAUCAGGUAGAUAAAAAAAUAAAUAAUUCCCUCUUGCGUAAAACGUCAAUCACAUGAAAUUUUGUCACAGAUGUAUUUUGAUGGUAACACAAUGAAAACAUGUGUAUUGAUAGUGAAACUGCCAAAAUUUUUAUUUUGGUUGCUGUAUUUCAAAAUCUCUGUACCUAUUUAAUUUUUUGAUUGGAGACAAAACCAACAUCAUGGUUCGAAAUCUUCACAGAAUAUUCUUGAUUCAGAGAAGGAAAAUCACCAAAGUUUUAGAAAAAAUGAUGUUAAGUUGUUUUCCAUGUAGAAUAUGAAGUAUGACAGUAAGUCUGCAACGGUGCAAACCAAGAUGCUAAUUUCUGCAGUUUCACCAUAUCUUGAAUACAGUGGUUCAGAAUUUCUCUCUGUAUUUUAUUUCUUUAGGAGACCUCACCCGAUAUUUUAGCAAGAAAUUUUCGUAAAAUAGUCUUGAACCGGCAGACCAAAAUCACACUAAAUUUUGUGUGAUCGAGUGAUUUGUUGGCGCACUUAACCCCAAUUAGCCUAAUCGCAUAUCAUUGUUGCCUAAUUUUCUCUAGUAUGUUUUUAUCCAAAAACGCAGCAAUACAGUGCCUUGAAAUUUCCUGUAGAUGUUCUUUCUGUCCUAUAAAAUAUACUCAUGACAUAACUGCAUACAUUAAAUUUCAUGACAAAAUGUCGCUCAGUUUUUAGUAGAAAAAUUAUAAUACGAGAAAAUUUCAGACAAAAUGUGAUGUAGUUCGGCUGAUUGUGGUUGGAGCUGCUCAGUUGUCCUUUAAACAAGUAAAAUAUAACUAGAUAUCUGAACUGUCUAAAACUGAGUUUUGGGUUUUUCUUGUUCACCAUUGUUUUGAAAAACCAUAGGUUAACCCUAAUCGGGUGCCAUGUGACAAACUUUUCCUGUAUUCAAUUACUCCCAAGACUAUCUCUAUUUAGUAUGUACUAACCAAAAAUAUUUAUCCUUAAAAACAAUUUUUGGAAAAUAUAAUGCAUUCUCUACUCAAAGUUUUGAAAGCUUUCAAAAAGUAUCAAUUUUAUUGAACAUAUGUGUAGAAUAUCAGGAUAAAGAAGCAAAAUUCAAAACUAUAUCUGUUGGAGAACUCUCCUGAAAAUUAUAGAUAGUUUAAGCAGAAAUUAUAAUGGAAAAACAUUUAGCCUCCAAUUCUAAUGAAGUAGGAAAAAACGAAUUUGUUUUGUUUUCACAUUGCAAACCUUAAUGUGGUUUGGAAAAAAGAGAUCUUGAUUUCAUCGGAUGAGGAUGAGCCCCAAAAAAAAUGUCCGAAAUCUUCACUGUGUCAUGCUUUUUCAGAAAAUCGGAAAUCGGCUUUUCUGGGAUGAAUUCUAUUCAUCGAAAAACAGGUCCAUGAUUGGGAAAAAACUUGGAAUACAGCAGCAAAAAAUACAUGAGAAUUACUUUACUAUGACAUGCCUGAGAAUGUUGUAAGUUUCCUUUGAUCGCCAAGUCUUUUCAGUCGAGCAUGCAAAAUUUAUCAAACAAUUGGUUGAGUAAAACUAAGGUUAUUUUCAAAUUCAGCCAUAAUUAUUAAUUAGUGCAUUGGAUUUUUUUCACCAGACACCUGUUGACAGUUGUUGAUCUUUCCUUUUUCUUAAGAAAUAACUAGUCUAAUUUUUUAUGGUGAUGAAUGGAUACAUUAUUUGAAAAAGAUUUAGCUACCAUAGAGAGCGAAAAUAAUUCGUAGACAUGCCAAAUGGGAAUUUCUAUCUAAUUUUUGCUGCUGAAAUAAAAAAAAACUUGGUUUUUUAUCUGUCAUGCUACAGUUUUCUAGAAAAUUGAAUUUUACUUGGGAAGCCUGUACCCAGAAAAAUUUUAUUUUCUAGAAAAUUACUGUAUGCAAUGUUUCAAAAUUCUCCUCAAACUCAGGACUAAGAAAAAACCGGAGUCUGUCAAGCUACAAUAUGUUCUGCCAAAAAUAUGCAAAGCUGUGUAAUGUACUGGUUGUGGAACCUGGCACUACACCACUCUCAGGACUUAAAAAUACAUGUAGAGUAUAAAUACAAGUGUGGCAAAGGGAAAUUCAGGGGGUUAGGACCCCCUCACGACCAGAAAUUUUUCUUCGUUGAAGGUCAUUUUUAACAAUCUGUUGAUACUUUUUACCUUUACACUACUUUCAGAGAUACUGUCAUUCAGAUUCCCCCCAUAAACAGUUUUUAGCAACUCCACUGGGUAAAGAAUGUAAUCCCCUUUCUGUUAUAGCUCAGUGUACACUACGAAGUUGAAGGUCAAUAGUGGUCUGCCUUUGUGCUAACCUUUUAUGGAAUACUUACUAACUAUCAAUAUCGGUUAAAUGAUACAAGUGCAAUGAUAACUAUGGCAGUUACAUAGUAGUUGCUGUAUUAUCAAAUUUUUUCAAAGCUUGAACAAAAAAUUGACUUUUCUAAACAUUAAGGUGAAAUGUGUCAACCCCCCCCCCCCCAAUUUCUGUACUGAUUCAAGACCCUGGUAGUUGUGAUUUCUUGAGGAUUGAAAAAAGGUGUUAUCUUUAUGAAUGAUACUCAUAAAGUGCUGUAUUUUGUGAAUUUCUGGUAUUGAUAAAAUGUUAAAUGUCAAGGUUAGUGAAACCCACGAAAAGCAGAUGUACUUUUUCUGUAGAUGUACUGCUUCAACCUUGAUUUUUUAUAAUUUGUUUUCAUUUUAAUUAUAUCUUUUAUUCCAAAACUAUUCUUUAUCUAUAUUAAGUGAUCAUUGUUCAGUUUACUAGGAUGGUAAAGGAAUUCAAA